ACUCUGAGGAGAGAGAAAUGAAGUUGCUGAACUCUUUAUCUGCGGUUGAACAGCUGGUACGAGGCAUCAGAAUUCCUGUAUGUGGAAAGACUUCAGUGUCAAAAGUCAACUUGGCUCCACAGUUAUUAGAAGAAAAUAGCUGUUGGUGAGUGGCUGUUAUGGGAAGUACUCUGUUUUGUGAUGCGCAGCUCUCAUGAGGCAUAAGAAUAACUAUCCUGUUCUGGUUGUGAUAGACCUGCGGAACGGAGACCUUCCUGUCACUAUGUUCAGGGCUGGAUUUGUGUGACUCUGGAGGAUUCUCAGAAGAGAUGAGACAUUUUGGAGACAUUCCCCCUUUGUUCGGAUUGAUUGUCAUCUUUGCAUGAUCCCUGGAGAUGUGCAAAAUUGAAAGAAAAGAAAAAAACAGGAAAGAAACAAGCAGCAUCCAGCACUACUGGGGCUUUCAGCAUUCAGGAUCCCAGCACUAAAACUGGAGAUGUUAAAAUGAUGAAGCACUCUCUCUCUCUCUGGAGCAGCGCAGAGCAGCCAUGACACCUCUGCUCCACUGUGGAAGGUAUGCUGCAUCCUGCUGCUGAACUGUUAUGACAUGUCUCUAGCAAUCAGAAAGAAAAGCUGGGAAGAGCAUGUGACCCAGUGGAUGGGAUUGGCUUUGGAGUCUGUGGAGUAUAAUACAGCAUGUCGUCAUGGACUCGUAGCUGAUAACUUGCAGAUAAGUAUGGAAAAAGAUGAAAUUUUGAAUGUGGACCGGAAAGAAAAAUGUGCUUCAUUUCCAGAGUGUUGUCAUGGUGGAGAGCCAACUGGCUUCCCUGCAAAGCAGCUUGGAAAUGUGUCAAAGGAAUUGGAUGAAAAUGAAAACCAUGAAGAGCAUUUUCUGGAGGCCAGCACAGAAACUCUAGUCCAUGUGUCUGAUGAUGAUGAUGAUGAUGAUGAUGAUGAUGACUAUCCUGCACUCAACCUGAAUGGCGUUAAUCGCCAUAUCACUGCUGUUGGAAGGGAACUAAAAGAUGAAGAAGAGAGUUUAAAUGGAGCAGGCUCCUUAAGACAGGUGGUACAAAAAACAGAGUGUAAUGAGGAAGCUGAAACAUCUGGCAUAAUUGGAGAUGGGGACACAGUUCCUAAAGAGAAGAUGGAAGGAGAUAUUUGUGGCAGUAUUGGCCAAAGCCUGGAGCUUUGUAGUUAUGAAGCCUUAAAUGAGGUAGUACAAGUAGAGAAAGAAAAUCUUUUUAAUUCUCCAAAUGUGAAAGAAAUUAUUAUGCCUGGGAAACAGCUGCUUCAUACUGCUGUAAUUGCACAACAGCGCAGGAAAUCUGAUGCUUUUAAAGACAGCCUUGGAAAGUCUGAAUGUAAUUUGGUACAGAGUGGGAUUUCUUCUGAUUCAUGCCCCAGCAUUGAUAGACAGCCAUGCUCAGCAGUGGAACCCAGUGAGUGCCUUAUGCAAUCUUCUCCUUGCUCUCAUGUUCCGGCAGUGGAAAAUGGUCUGGAUGAAAGUGGUUUCACUGAACCUCAAGUGGCCCCUGAAAACAAAUGCCUUUCAAAUGUCAGUUCAGCAGAAGACACUCAGUGUUUACAUUUAAGGAUUGAUUUGACCACACAAGAAUAUUCAGAUAGUCAAGUGAAACUGCGCAAAAAAAAGGAAAUAACAGGAGAUCGGGAUCGGUCACAGCUAGAUUCAAUGGUGCUGUUAAUUAUGAAACUGGACCAGCUGGAUCAGGAUAUUGAAAAUGCUCUCAGUGCAGGUUCUUCCCCAUCCAGCACUCCAACAUACAAACGGAGGCAUAUACCUGAUGGUGAAUCUGGUUCUGAAAUUGGAGCAGAUGUAGGACAUUCUCAAACAAGCUUGCCUCCUAACAUCCAUACUCCUGAUCAAACAUCCUUCUGUUCAGCAGCCCCUUCUGGAGCUAAACCAAAGGCUGGGGCUAUGCCAGUUAUCUCAGAAAAGGAGAAGGCUGAAAUUGAAGCCAAGGAAGCUUGUGACUGGCUGCGAGCUGCUGGCUUCCCUCAAUAUGCACAGCUUUAUGAAGAUCUCCUCUUUCCGAUUGACAUUGCCCUUGUCAAGCGAGAGCAUGACUUCCUGGACAGAGAUGCCAUUGAGGCCCUAUGCAGGCGCUUAAAUACUUUAAACAAAUGUGCAGUGAUGAAGCUAGAAAUCAGUCCUCACAGGAAAAGGAGUGAAGAUUCAGAUGAAGACGAACCAUGUGCAAUAAGCGGCAAAUGGACUUUUCAGAGGGACAGCAAGAGGUGGUCAAGGCUUGAAGAGUUUGAUGUGUUCCCUCCAAAGCCGGAUGUUAACACCUCCUCCUCCCCAGAGGCUCCUCUCCUCCCAAAUGCGGCCAGCUGUGAGAGCGUGCUCACCGAUCUCAGCGAGCGGCAGGAGGUGGCCUCUAUUCUCAGCACCAGCAGCACCAGCAGCCACCAUCCAACCCUGCAGAGCAAGGCCUCUAGCACCAGAACAAACUCAGUUGUGAGCAUUUGUUCAUCCAGCAAUUUCGUAGCAAAUGAUGAUUCGUUCAGCAGCCUGCCUUUGCCCAGGGAGUUGAAUAGCUUCAGCUUCAACACAAAAGCAAAUGAGAAGAACACUAAAUCUAAAACUAAGAGCCUGCUCAAGAGGAUGGAGAGUCUGAAAAUCAAGAGCUCUCACCAUGGCAAGAACAAAGCUCCUUCAAAGCUUGGCCUUAUUAUUAGUGGGCCCAUCCUGCAGGAGGGCAUGGAUGAAGAUAAACUGAAACAACUUAACUGCGUGGAGAUUUCUGCCCUCAAUGGCAAUCACAUCAGCCUUCCCAUGGUACGAAAAAGGAGCGUCUCCAAUUCUACCCAGACAAGUAGCAGCAGCAGUCAGUCGGAGACGAGCAGCGCUGUCAGCACACCCAGCCCUGUCACGCGCACACGCAGCCUCAGCGCAUACAAUAAAAGGGUGGGCAUGUACUUGGAAGGCUUUGAUCCCUUCAACCAGUCAACAUUCAGCGAUGUGAUGGAGCAGAAUUUCAAGAAUAGGGGAAGCUUUGCAGAAGACACUGUUUUUUUUAUUCCAGAAGAUCAUAAGCCUGGCACUUUUCCCAAAGCGCUCUCCAAUGGCAACUUCUCCCCAACAGAAAGCAAUGCUUCUGUGAACUGGAGGACAGGGAGUUUCCAUGGGCAUGGCCAUCUCACUCUUCAGAGGGAAAACAGUGGAGAUAGCUCUAAAGAGCUGAGCAUGGGGAAAAGGCGCAACUCUGCUAGCUCACUGAGCAGCCGCCUGAGCAUUUACGACAAUGUGCCAGGCUCAAUCCUGUAUUCCAGUACGAGUGACCUGGCUGAUCUGGAAAAUGAAGACAUAUUCCCAGAACUAGAUGACAUCUUGUACCAUGUAAAAGGGAUGCAAAGAAUAGUAAAUCAGUGGUCCGAGAAGUUCUCGGAUGAAGGGGACUCUGACUCAGCGCUCGACUCCAUCUCCCCAUGUCCUUCCUCCCCAAAGCAGAUCCAUCUUGAUGUAGAUAAUGAUCGAACAACACCAAGUGACCUUGACAGCACAGGGAAUUCACUUAAUGAAACAGAAGAGCCCUCAGGGAUGCAGGACAGAAGGGACUCUGGAGUGGGCGCAUCACUGACACGGUCCAGCAGGCACAGGCUGAGGUGGCACAGCUUCCAGAGCUCUCAUCGGCCCAGCCUCAGUUCAGCCUCACUGCAGAUCAAUUGCCAGUCUGUGGCACAGAUGAACCUGCUGCAGAAGUACUCACUGCUGAAGUUAACUGCUCUCCUGGAGAAAUACACGCCUUCCAACAAGCACGGCUUCAGCUGGGCAGUACCGAAAUUUAUGAAAAGGAUAAAGGUGCCAGACUAUAGGGACCGAAAUGUAUUUGGAGUACCACUGCAAGUCAACGUCCAGCGCACCGGGCAGCCCCUUCCACAGAGCAUUCAGCAAGCCAUGCGGUACCUCCGUAACCACUGCCUGGAUCAGGUUGGACUAUUUAGGAAAUCUGGAGUAAAAUCAAGAAUUCAGGCUUUGCGUCAGAUGAAUGAGAGUUCAACAGACAGUGUCAACUAUGAAGGCCAGUCUGCCUACGAUGUAGCAGACAUGUUAAAGCAAUUCUUCCGUGACCUGCCCGAGCCUCUCAUGACCAACAAGCUCUCUGAGACCUUCUUACAGAUAUACCAGUAUGUGCCAAAGGAUCAGCGUCUCCAGGCUAUCAAGGCUGCCAUUAUGCUUUUACCUGACGAGAACAGGGAGGUCCUACAGAUUCUUCUCUAUUUCCUGAGUGAUGUCACAGCUGCUGUGAAGGAGAACCAGAUGACACCAACAAACCUGGCGGUGUGCUUAGCACCUUCCCUCUUCCAUUUAAACACCCUCAAAAGAGAGAAUUCUUCCCCAAGGGUGAUGCAAAGAAAACCGAGUUUGGGAAAACCUGACCAGAAAGACCUAAAUGAAAAUUUGGCUGCAACCCAAGGGCUAGCCCAUAUGAUUGCUGAAUGCAAGAAGCUCUUCCAGAUACCUGAAGAAAUGAGCCAGGGCCGGAAUUCGUACACGGAGCAGGACCUCCGUCCCCUCAGCCUGGAAGAGCUCCGGGGCAGCAGCAGCACCAUGGAGCCCUCUGACUACCACUGCUACCUCCAGGACUGCAUGGAUGACUUGCUGAAGGAAAUGAAGGAGAAGUUUAAGGGCUGGGUCAGCUGUUCCACCUCAGAGCAAGCAGACCUGGCCUACAAGAAGGCAUGUGAAGGUCCCCCACUCCGAUUAUGGAAAACUACCAUUGAAAUUGCUGCUACACCAGAAGAAGUUUUAAAUCGUUUACUUAAAGAGCAGCAUCUUUGGGAUGAAGAUCUUAUAGACUCAAAAGUAAUUGAACCUUUGGAUAGUCAGACAGAUAUAUACCAAUAUGUCCAGAACAGCAUGGCUCCUCACCCAGCCAGGGACUUUGUCAUCUUAAGAACGUGGAGGACAAACUUUCCCAAAGGAGCUUGUGUGCUUUUAGCAACUUCAGUGGAUCAUGACCGUGCUCCAGUGGCGGGUGUCAGAGUCAAUGUGCUCCUGUCUAGGUAUCUGAUUGAGCCCUGCGGGUCAGGAAAAUCUAAACUUACCUACAUGUGCAGAAUUGAUUUAAGGGGUCACGUGCCAGACUGGUACACCAAGUGUUUUGGACACUUGUGUGCAUCUGAAGUAGUUAAGAUACGAGACUCUUUCACUCAUCAGAGUCUUGAGAACAGGGAAAUAAAAUGCAGGUGACUACUGAAGAAGAGGAACGGCUGUGCACUCCAGACCUCAGCAACAUAGAUGUUACACAAAACAGAGGCUCAUCUGCUGCAGACCAUCUGUAAGUCAUGUCAUGAAGGGAUGACAGCAUGAGACUGUGAGCAUUGACUGUGGCCAUACCAUACACUUUAAAGCUGCUUCCUGUCUGUUUAAGGUCUAUAGUGUAGGCCUUGACUGGAAUACAUCGGAGGACUGUACAAAAAAAAAAAAAAAAAAAAAAAAAAAAAAAAAAAAAAAAAAAGUA